GGCAAAACAAAUUUCAGAGAACAAAAGCACAAUACAGUCAGUGGAAUCAACCCAAGGUAUGCUAUAUAUUAACUUUGUAGCUUCUUUCAUUUCAUUGCUAACAAAAAAGGUAGCAAUAAAGACAGAAAAAAACAUCAACCUGCACAUUCGUUGUUUCUGUUAAAUCCAAAGCAAACUAUUAAUUUGACUAUCAAAUGUCUAGUUCUCUUUCCCCUCCCUCCUCUUUCUAAUGCACUACUAAUAGUGAAAUAUAAUUUGACCAGUUUAUAAUAAAAAUAAAUACUGCAAAGAAGUUACUCUCACAAAGAUAUAUUUAAUACAGCCUAUUUAUUUGUAAUUUAUUGAUUAACUGUUUCAUCCCUUGUGAUUACUAAUGUGGAGCGGAGGGUUGCACAAUUUUACCAACACAUUUGAUCAUUUUAACAAUGACACAGAAGAGAAGGUGUUGGUACGUUGUUGGUGUGUUCAUCAUUGUUCAAUUGUGGCAUCGGACACCACAGACACUGUAAAUAAUACUGACUGGAAUUAGGGCUAUAAAUCCGCUGGUUAAACCUGAGUAUAAAAACAACCACACAAUGACACAACUUUGUUCUUGUUCUCUGACCUCUGCAGAGGAAAUGUUUGAUGCAAUAAAUGUGCCACUAUGAUGUACAUGUACAUUGUGACAUUUCCUCCCUUGAUGUGGAGCUGCAGAGGAAGUAUUUGGUGGGGUAAUGUGCUUAAAGUUAUGAUCAGACAACAAUAAAAACCUAAAUAGUCAUAAUAAUUAAUGAUGUUACAAUCAUCCAUUUGGACAGUUUUUAUUCCUCUUUUCUCACUUUAUUUGCUCUUCUAUCAUCCAUAGCAACCCUCCACUACUGAUGUAGUGGUUUAUGCACACCUAUAUGGAGUGUAAGUCAUUGCCUACACUGGUUGCAUGAUCCAAUAACACCACCCUGUGGUGAAGGAUAGAUUGUGUCAGCAAUGACAAACUGACAGCAGCUGUUUCUGGCAUGUUGGCCACUUAGAGAAGCUCGAUUAUAGUGCAGUGAUUUUUGGUUCCUGGGCAGAAGGACUUUCAAUAAGAAACCUUCAGUUUAUCUCUCUAAACCCUGUGGUGGUUUCAAAUCUCUAUAGACAGAUCACAAAAAAUCCCACCCAGUAUAUUUUGCUUGAAGGCACAAGAUAUAAUUCCUACAGAUCUUCCAACUUUAUUUCACUCACCCUCUCUCACCCGUGGAUAUUCCUGUGGAGAUCCUAGGUACCAUACACACUUCAAAUGAUCCAUCCACUGCAUUGGGUGUUUCAUUGCACCAUCACUCUUUUUUACCGACAGUGAUACCCCAGUACAAAAUGUUUGAUUCAAUCUGUUGAGUUUCAACAUGUCCUACAAACACUUAGGUACAUUUAGAAAUGUGUGGCGGGAAAAACUGUCAGCAAAUUCCCCACUUCCCUGUGCACGUGCUACUGGUUACUGAGCAUAUACUGAGUGUUUCUUGUUGUGUAUCAAUAACCUGGUGGAUGACCAAUGGAUCUAUUGUCCCCACGUCCUACAUACCUUGCAUGUUUGUGUGUGUGUUCAGAUUCAGAUCUUAUUAUGUGAGGUUUUCUAACUUUAUCAGCACUCUGAAUGUGUGACAAUAUGAUGAAAGGACACAGGGAGGGGACACCCUCCCAGUUCUGCUUUUUAACUCACAAAAUCACUCUUGGGAAUGUACAAAGCAGUAAGUCAGCUUGCUUAUGUUGGUUGACUUUAAUCAUGGAAAAACUGAUUCUGCUUAUUCUGGUAAUAAUGCCAGGUGUCUGGAGCGCAGACUGGGGGGUGACCUUCAAAAGUCAGUGUGCUUUGAGAGGGACAUCAGUAGUUAUUAGCUGCAAGUAUGACUAUCCUGUUGGUCAUAGUGUCACUUCAGUUAACUGGUCUAAAGCCAAGCGUGUGUCUGGCCUGUGGAGGCUGGUUUACCUGUCAAGCCUCCCUUCACCCCCAGGCCACUUUAAAUAUGUGGGCAACUACUGGAAUAAUUGUAGUCUGGAGAUCAAUAAUGUACAACACGCUGAUGAAGGACAAUACUUUUUCAGUUUUUCAACAACAUUCAACAGAUGGACGAGUAAAACAUUUGCUCAUUUGUUCGUAACAGAGUUGACCACAGUUGUGCAGCCGAGCACUGUGACAGAGGGAGAUAAUGUCAGUCUGACCUGUGCGUCAGGUUGUUCUACACUUUUAGAGGUAGUCUGGUUCAGAGAUGGAGAGCCUGUACCAAAUCCAGUCUUCCAGGCCAGGAGAGAGGAUGCUGGGAGAUACUACUGUGCCGUCCUAGGAAAAGAGACGGUCAGAUCAGCCUCUGUGGCUCUAAAUGUUCAGUAUGCUCCCAAAAAAGUCACACUGUCAAUGAGUCCAUCUGGAGAUGUUGUCAAAGGGAAUCUGGUGACUCUCACCUGCAGCAGUGAUGCCAACCCACCUGUGACACAGAGUGGAUACAGGCUGUAUAAAGACAGGCAGUUUAUCAGUUCAGGACUGAAUCACACCAUCUCUGACGUCCAGCCCGGCCACAGCGGACUGUACCACUGUCAGGCCUGGAAUAAUAUCGGCGACUUCGUUAACUCAACUGAGGUUCACCUUGAUGUCCAGUAUGGUCCAGUGAACAUUUCCGUUUCAAUGAACCCUCCACACAUUGUUGGAGGCAGCAGUGUAAACCUGACCUGCAACAGUGCUGCUAACCCUGCAGCAGACAACUACACCUGGUACAAGAGGACAGCUUCUCCCAGCUCCAUGGUCCAGGUGGGCUCAGGACAGGUGAUGUCUAUUCCCUCUGUGGAGGCGUCCCACACUGGACUCUAUCUCUGCCAGGCCAGGAACCUACUGGGGGUGGACAACUCAACUGAGGUUCUGCUGGCCAUGAAGGAAGAUGAGCAUGGCAGCUUGCCCUUCCCACUCAUAGCUGGAGUUGCAGUCUCUCUUCUUGUAACACUUGUGAUAGCUCUUCUUUUAUUCUGGAGAAAACAGAUGACCCAUAAGGAGAAAAAACAGACUUUGUUUGAUCUCAGUGAGAGAGGCUCUAGCGCCUCAGCCACUGAAGAUCAAUCCAACAGCGUUUAUGCCAACUUCCACACUCUCUCCUCUCCUCCACCUGUUACUGGCAUCACUCCUCAUUCACAGAGGAGCUCAAGCGAUAAACAUGAUGCCCUCACGUCUUAUGAAGAUGAGGUUACCUACUCAACAGUGACCAUCAAACCCAGAAACCCCAGACAUUCUCGUCACAUAGACAACAGCAGUGCCCCACAGGACCUCCAUUCCGAAGCAGGAGAGAAUGACGACUCUGUGAUCUACGCUACAGUGGCUAAAUCCACUUGA